AUGGUAGGCGGCGACGAUGGCGAUGGAGGAGGCAAGUGGCAAGUACAGAAGAAGGUGCGUCGAUGGUGCAUCGCCGCUGCCGUCUCUUUCUCCAUGUAUGCGUCGUCGUCCAAAGAUAAAGGCCCAUUCCGUAUAUGGCUUCUCUCAUCACUCGUCGACGUCUCGGUACAAUGGAUCUGGAGUCACAGUCGAACGAAUCUGAAGGCCGAUGAAAGCUAA